AUUCAAUGUGCAACGUGCGACCUGUUCGAAGCUCGAUCGAGACACUCAAAGAGAGAGCGACCAAGAAAGUAGUAGUAGAGCAGUAGUGAGCGUCUUGAUAUCAUUUAACAAAUGAGGUAUUUCUAAAUAUCUUUUUGGCUCUUUAAAGAAAAAAGAGAGAUAUUUUCUUUCACUCUCAAUAUGUUAUCGAUCAAUUACUUUCUAGAUAUCUAUUGAGUUUGAAAAAUGUAAAAUUGAAAAGUUACAUAGAGCUGGCGAUAUAGAUUGAUAAUUUUAUGGACUUGGAUAACUGAAGUUCAUUAAAAAGGUGAUAUGCAUAUUAAGUUCACUACUUUUGCUAAGUUGAAUUGUUCCUUCGACCAUUGUAUUUCUUAUGUCAUUAUUUUUUCCGUAUUUAAACUUCUUAAAAUUUAAACCCUAUUGUAUCUUUGAUAUAUAAUUUCUUUUACAUUUUUCACUAAUUGAGUCGAAUUAUGUGACAAUGGAGGACAUAAGAUGAUAAUGUACAAUUCCAAACCAUGCAUACAUUAUAUUAGGUCUGGGCGUCCGGAUACCCGUUGGCAUUCGGAUCGGAUUUUCCGGAGUUCAGUUCUUUUUUAUAACACCUCCUAGGUUCUAUUCUAAUAAAUUUGCAAGUACGGGUCGGGUUCGGGUAGGUUUUAUAUCACAUCAUAGAACCCAUAAAGUAACUAUAUAUCGUUCGGAUUCAGGUUAUAUCAGAUCGGUUCGGAUAUACCCGAAAUAAAAUCUAAAAUUUAAAAGCAAAACAUUAGAAAUAUAUACUUAUGUAUAUAUAAUUAAGUAUUUAAAGUAGUUAUUUAAGUUUUAAAUACGUAUUGUUAGAUACCAUAUCAAAAUAAAUAUGAAAUUGAAUAUUUGAAGUAUAUAUUCAUGUUUCGUAUAAUUAUAUUGUAUAUUAGUUUCGAUAUUCGGAAUGAUUUCUUUAGAUAUUUUUUUCGGAGUUUUUGUUUUUUUUUUUCAGUUUUUCGGGUUCAGUUAAUAACACUUCAGGUUCGGAUAUGUUUUGUACCACCUUACAAGAUCCAUUCGGGUAUUUUUUACAUUUUGGACCGGGUAUAGAUCGGGUUUUUCGGUUCGGUUCGGAUUUUGGAUUAUAGAUUUUAUGCCCAGGCCUACAUUAUAUUAUAAUUUGAAGUUGUGUCUGAUUUACGUAAAUAACGUAAAGUUUGAGGGUAUGUAUACAAAUAUACAACUUUACCUUGUGUUUUUUUUUCCUUUUAUUAUGUUUUUGAUAAACCCUAAACCUUUUAACGACGGUCUCUCUCUCUCUCUCUCUCUCUCUCUCUCUCUCUCUCUCCGCCGCAUCACUUCUCUUCUCAAAGAUUCGAUUCUGUUUAGUCUACCAUGGCAGCGAAACAGGGAGCCGCAGCCUCAACGUAUUCACCCAAAAUCAUCGCCAGAACUCGGCCUCCUAUCUUCAAAAACUCCGACCUCGAUUGGACCCGUCCUGACGGCCGUGGAUUCCACCAAUGUCGACCUGCCUUACUUCAAACGGGUGCUGUGAGCUCUGCUUCUGGUUCUGCUUAUGCUGAGUUUGGGAACACCAAAGUCAUUGUUUCUGUAUUUGGGCCAAGGGAGAGUAAGAAAGCAAUUACUUAUAGUGAUGUUGGUAGAUUGAACUGCAAUGUUAGCUACACAACCUUUGCUUCCCCGACUCUUGGUAGUCAGGGGACUGAUCACAAAGAGUACUCAUCAAUGCUUCACAAAGCGUUGGAAGGCGUGAUCAUGAUGGAGACGUUUCCGAAGACAACUGUUGAUGUUUUUGCGCUGGUGCUUGAAUCUGGAGGCAGUGACCUCCCCGUUGUGAUAUCGUGUGCUGGUCUUGCUCUAGCAGACGCUGGGAUUAUGAUGUAUGACCUUAUCACAGCUGUCUCAGUGUCUUGCAUAGGGAAAAGCCUUAUGAUUGACCCGGUUACAGAAGAGGAAGGAUGUGAAGAUGGAAGCUUCAUGAUGACUUGCAUGCCAUCUCGCAGUGAAAUCACUCAGCUGACUAUUACUGGUGAAUGGACAACGCCUAACAUUAACGAGGCAAUGCAGCUAUGCCUGGAUGCUUGUUCAAAACUUGGAGAGAUCAUGCGUGAUUGUCUGAAACAGGCUGCCUCAGCUUCCGAUGAAUGAACAUACUCUCAAGAAACUAUGGAUCCUCAGCCAUUGGUAUGAAACCGGUUAAGAUGUGGUUUACGUAAAAUUGAGUUUAUACUAAACUGGAGUGGUGUAGUUUAAAACCGAUGUAAUUUGCUAUGUCAAAUUUGAUGGAACUAGAGAUAUUUAAAGAGCGGUCCUUUGCUGUAUUACCAUUAGCUUUCAACUCUAAUAGUAAAAUCAGAUAUUCAAUUUUA